AUGGCGUCUGCCCUGGGAUCUACUUGUUCGGCACCUGCUACUGUUGGUACUGCGGGAUCAAACGAUCCCUUCUGGAUGCAAAAUAUCCAACACCAGGGACGCGCUGCUUUCAACUCCAACCCAUCUGACUAUCAAGUCUUCAGGAAUGUCAAGGAUUUUGGUGCAAAAGGUGAUGGUGUAACGGACGAUACCGCAGCCAUCAAUGCUGCGAUGUCUUCGGGUAACAGAUGCGGCGGAGGUUCUGGUUGUCAGUCUACGACGACUGCUCCGGCGAUUGUCUAUUUUCCUCCCGGAGAAUACCUGGUCUCACAGCCAAUAGUCGCGUGGUACUAUACUCAGAUGAUUGGUGACGCAAGGAAGCCUCCUACACUUAUUGCUGCAGCCAAUUUUGUCGGCAUUGCCGUGAUAGACGCUGACCCGUACAUCGACGGCGGAGGCGGGGCGCAGUGGUAUGUUAACCAGAAUAACUUUUACCGCUCCGUCCGUAACUUCGUCAUCGACUUGACACGGAUGCCGGCAACAUCAUCUGCGACGGGUCUUCAUUGGCAGGUGUCGCAGGCAACUUCUCUCAUAAAUGUUGUGGUGAACAUGUCGACGGAUCCUGCAACCGCCCAUCAAGGUAUUUUCAUGGAGAAUGGAAGCGGUGGUUUUAUGGGAGAUAUCGUUUUCAAUGGCGGCAAAUUUGGUAUCUGGGUUGGAAACCAACAGUUUACCGUGCGAAACAUCACUGUCAAUAACGCACAGAGUGCGAUAUUUGGAUUGUGGAACUGGGGUUGGACUUUCCAGGGAGUGACGAUUAACAAUUGUCAAGUCGGGUUUGACUUAUCAACGGGAGGCUUGGAUCAAGGCGACCAGACCAUAGGAGCAGAAGCAAUCAUAGAUGCGGUCGUGACAAACACACCUAUCUUUGUCCGCACAUCGCAGCCCAGCAAUGGUCACCUUGCAGGUUCCCUUGUGCUGAACAAUAUUAAGCUCAAUAACGUUCCCACCGCAGUUGGUGUUGUCGGCGGUGCUGUUGUCUUGAACGGAGGAACGACUACAAUUGCGAACUGGGUACAGGGAAACGUAUAUUCUGGAGCGAGUUCAUCGGACAGAUUUGUUCAAGCUUCCAUGGCUCCACCUCCGAAGCCUGCUAGCCUAUUGGACAGUGCUGGGCGUAUAUUCGGGAAGACGCAUCCGCAAUACGCAGAUUUCGCCGUUGAUCAGUUCGUUAGUAUUCGUUCGUUGGGAGCUAAGGGAGAUGGAAGCACCGAUGAUACACAGGCCAUUAAAAACGCGUUCGCACAGUUCUCUGGCUGUAAGAUUAUAUUCUUCGAUCAUGGUACUUACCUCGUCACAUCAACUAUUACAAUCCCCGCGGGGACACAAAUAGUUGGUGAAGCCUGGUCCGUAAUUAUGGGCAGUGGAUCGGCAUUCGAGGACAUGAACAACCCUCAGCCCGUCAUUAAAGUUGGAGAUACCAACUCUCAGGGAGUGGUGGAAAUCACGGACAUGGUGUUCACGACUCGGGGACCCGCUGCCGGGGCAAUCGUCAUAGAAUGGAACGUUCAUGACCCCGCGGGUCAGCAGGGUGCUGCAGGGAUGUGGGAUAGUCACAUUAGGCUUGCAGGAGCGCUCGGCACGAAUCUCGACGGAAACUCAUGCGCCAACACGUCUAGCACCGGCAGUAAUUGCAUUGCGGCAUUCCUUAGCCUUCACCUCACUCCAAGCUCUAGUGCUUACCUAGAGGGGACAUGGGUUUGGUUGGCAGAUCACUCACUCGAUCCGCCGUUCAAUGAGCUCCAAGCCUACAGUGGCAGAGGUAUUUACUCGCAGUCCGCGGGUCCUGUUUGGAUGAUAGGAACAGCAGCUGAACACCACGUUCUCUAUCAAUAUAACCUCGCAGGAGCCAAGAAUCAUUAUAUGGGCCUCAUCCAGACUGAGACGCCUUAUUUCCAGCCAAGUCCUGCACCUCCCGCUCCCUUUACGUCGCGUUCCGAUUUCAAUGAUCCAGUAUACACGUCCAGCCAACAAAUGGCUUGGGCGGUAAAAAUAACCAACUCCCAGGAUAUCCUCAUAUUUGGAGCGGGUCUGUACAGCUUCUUCCAGCACUUUAAUCAGGUUUGCCUGAACAGCAACGACUGUCAAACCCAGAUUUUCGACAUAGACAGCGCUUCGACUGUUUCUGUCUAUAGCUUGUCGACGGUGGCGUCACAGUUCCAGCUGAGCGUCAAUCAGCAAGGAAUAGUGGACCAAGGAGCGAACAGAAACGGAUUGCAGUCUACUAUGACAGUUUGGACGAGCUCGUAA